AUGUGCCAGGACAGAAGCACAGAAUCUCAGAAACAGCAAGGGAAGAUCAGCGGGUCUUUGCACCUGCGAAUACGUGACACAUGUAUGUCAUUCAGACCUGCCUCAGCCUCGAUGUCGGGAAAUGGUAACUACUUCUCGUGGUGUGUCGUGCGCCGUCCCACCCGGCGCCCGGGGGUCGGUGGGGCGGCGGGGGCUGCACGGCUCUCCGGGCCGGGCCGCGGUGCACGGCGGCGGCGGGGACGCGCGGUGGCGCCUGCGGAGCGCUCAGCGCGGGGCACUGCGGCGGGAUCCGGUGCGCUGGCAGCGCUGCGGAGCCCGCAACCGGGGGUGGGGGCAGAGAAACGAAAACCAGCCCCGACCGCGGAGCUGUCAAGGGGAAAACAAGGCGUUUUAUGGUCGCUCAUUCGUCGUCUCCCGGAGUUCUCGCACCCCCGCUUAUCACCCGAUGGCCAGCUCCCGCCUUGGCGGGCAUGCCAGGUGCCUCUCGGCACGGUGCCUCCGUCCGCCAGGCGAGGCACACUGUCCGCACAGGCGGCGACGCGCUGCCCAUCCCGCGGCGUGCGUGUACGCCGGUAUGAGUGUGUGUGUGUGUGUGUACAUGUACAUGUACGUGCGAGGCUGAAAGCUCAAGUGCAGGCUGCCUAUUGGCUCAUUUUGUGGAGUUUCUGCCCCUCUCUGCGUCAGCCCCACGUCACUUUGCCGGCAGCUCCCCGUCUUGGGCUGAAGCAGGAGCCGGAGCUGCUUUAUUAUCAGCUGGAGGGAGGGAGGAGGAGACGGUGCAUAAAGGGGCGAGCGCGGAGCUCUGAGCCCCGCCGCCGCCGCCGCCGCUCGCUGCGCCUCCGUCGCCGCCCGCUCGCCGUCCCUCCGGCGGUCAGCGGCCCCCGCAGAUAGGAGCGCAGCCUCCGCCACCUGCCCCCUCCGCCCCGCGCGUU